AUAUUACAUUGUUUCAUCAGUCAGAUCUCACCUUCAUCAUGAUCAUCAUCAUCAUCACUCUGCUCCUGUUGGGCUCUCUGCUGCCAAACCUGAGCUUCACUGCCAGUGUCAAUGUGCGUAUAGUGAAUGGCACUGAAGCACGACCUCACUCCAGACCUUACAUGGUUUCUGUUCAGAAGGAUGGGGAACAUGUUUGUGGAGGAUUCCUCAUUUCUGAUCAGUUUGUUAUGACUGCUGCACACUGCAGAAAUAACACUGAGAUUCUGACAGUUGUGGCAGGUGCACAUGACUUAACAAGCAGAGAGGAAAACCAUGUCCGCAUUAAUGUGAGUACCUAUAACACGCAUCCAGAAUACAACCCUGAUCCUGAUCUGUGGACACCUAACAUAGCUGACCUGAUGAUUCUGAAGGUAAAAAAUUUCACUCAUUACUGCUAUCCAAGCAUCACAAUACAUAAUUGCAGUAUAAUCACAUAGUUCUAUCUCAUUUAACUUCUGUCUACUAAAGAUGAAUGUGUUGUUGGAUUACAGCUGAAUAAAAAAGUCAAACUAAAUAACAACAUCAAGACGAUUCCCAUACCAACGACUCCUGUGAAUAUCAGUGUGGGCACUGAUUGCAGUGUUGCAGGCUGGGGGUUUGUGAAAAAUGGCGGUCCUACAAGUCCAACCCUCAGAGAGGCAAACGUGACUAUUAUGGAUGACACAGUCUGUGAUCGAUGGGAAGGGGAAUAUGUAGCUCCACAGAUGAUGUGUGUGUAUGGCCAUGGAGGAUCGUGCAACGGGGAUUCAGGAGGUCCUUUGGUUUGUGACAACAUUGCAGUGGGUGUUACAUCCUUUGGAGUCAACAACAGCUGCAACGAUCCUGAUCUACAUGAGGUUUCUACAAACAUUUCUGCAUUUCUUCCAUGGAUCCAAAGCAUAUUAACAACUUAA